AUGCCUCAUCGAACGGCUAAUCAACUCACCGUGGAUGAUUCCAAAGUUCACGGAGACUGGCGAGAUGAAUUGUUCCAAAAUGGAUACGUUGUGGUCAAAAACACCAUCUCGCCAGAGAGAUGUGAAUACUACAUCGACAAGAUGUUUCAGUGGUUGGAAAGUUUCCCUUUAGGGUUUGAUAGGAACAAUCGCUCGACUUGGACUGAACAACAUUUACCAACACACAUCAAGGGGGGAAUGUAUCAUGGAUAUCGUAUCCAACAUGAGAAGUUUAUAUGGGAGGCCCGAACGGAGGACAGAGUAAUCGAAGCCUUCACAAAACUGUGGGGAACUGACCAGCUUCUGGUCUCUUUUGAUGGAAUGAACUUCACGCUUCCAUCUGGUACUACUCUGCCACAAACACAGCCUUGGCCACAUAUUGACCAAAGCCCACUGCGAGAGGGCAUGCAGUGCGUCCAGGGUAUUCUCAAUUUUGCCCCAAACGGUCCUCAGGAUGGUGGUCUUCUCGUCAUGAAGGGAUCUACAAAGCUUAUGCCCGAGUUCUUUAAGACCCACUCCGGUACAAUUGGCCGAGAAACAUGGGGACCUAGCGAUUGGUUUGGCUUUGACGAGGGUGAGGUGAAGUGGUUCGAGAAAAGAGGCUGUGAGAUUCAUAAGGUCACUGCUGAAGCCGGGGAUCUGAUUCUCUGGGACUCUCGCACUAUGCAUUUCAAUUGUGUUCCAUCCACUCAAAACGUACGCGCCGUUGUUUAUGCAUGCUAUACACCAGCUUCCUUUGCGACAGCUGAUAUCUUGCAGCAAAAGGGCGAACUGUUCGACCAGCGAAUUGGAACGACUCAUUGGCCCCAUGACAAUCUAUUCACGGAAACUAGUGACGAACACCGUCCAGAAGAGAAAGAAGGGGAUCUGACAAAGCGUCUUAAUGAGGAGCCGAUUGAGACGGACCUGGUGUUAAAGUUGGCAGGGAAAAUUCCCUACUAA